AUGGCCCGGUGCUGCGCGGCGGCCGCGGCCGCGGCGGCCGAGGCCGCGCGCCAGGACGUGGAGGCGCUGCUGGCGCGGGUGCCCCCGCGCUCGCGGGUCGCGGUGGUGUCGAUGCUCGGGUCGCUGUGCCCGGUGACGCUCGCCCACGUUCGCGCCUUCGACGAGGCGCGCCGCUUGCUGCUGGCGGAGCCUGGGGCGGCGGUGGAGCGCCCGCCGCGGCUGGAGGAGUUCGCCGAGUGCGUAGGGCUGGUGCGGCUGAACCCGGACGGGCACGUGGCCAAGAAGACGUCGCAGAAGGGGCAGCGCGCGAUCUGCCUCGAGGAUCGCGCGCAGCUGGUGCGGCUGGCCGUCUCGGGGAGGCCCUGGCUGCUGUACGACGAGUCCGGCCGGGGCGCGGCGAGGGCUUCCGCACAGGGGCUGGCCCUCCUGAGGUCGCGCUUCCCGAACGUCACCUUCGUCCACUUCGACAUGAACGGGGCAGACGACGUCGCCAAAUACCGCAAGUGGGCCAGCGCAGGGCCGAAUAACAGGAUGAUCACCAUGGGCCGCCCUGGCUUCACCGAGCGAGUGCAAGCUGGCAUAGCUCGCGCUGGUGUGGAGCCCAAGCAUUGCAUUCUGGGCCCCGAGCUGCCUGACAUCUCGUCCACUGCCGCCCGCGAUGCCAGCGCCGCUGGCGACGUCAAGGCGCUGCUGCAGCUGCUGCACCCCGCCGUGGCGGAGUACCUCUUGCAGCGCGACGGCUGGCCAGGGCUGCCCGAGGCAGAGGCAGAGGAGUCGCCGGACACGCCAACUGGCUCGAGCCUGACAGCCCCAGAAGACGGACCACCUCCUGCGGCCUCACCGCUUGAAGAACCGCAGGCGGCGCGCAGGCGAUGGCAGGCUCCGCAGUCGCGAUGA